GUCACUCCAGAGUUAUCAUAUGUGAGUGUUUGGAGUUAGCGUGUCUUCGUUCCAGUUUUAUCAAGAGUUGGACAACAUCAACAACUAAGUUCUGCUGAGUUUAAAUAAAUCCGAGGAGGACAUGGACGAUCAGCGCACCAUGACGCCACGGAUCGUCUUACACCGAAUAGACCAUCUACUGGGUUAUGUUUGGAAAGAGAAGGAUCCCUCUGACCAGCAGCUCUGUGACCAAAAUACAGAUCCCAGUUUGGACCGGAAGGAGCCAGAACCUCUCCAGAUGAAAGAAGAGCAGCAAGAGCCAGAACAUCCCUGGACCAAAGAGGAAACAUUGGAGCUCUUCAUAGGUGAGCAUGAAAAGCAGCUUGAACUGAAGCAGGAGAACAAAGAUACAUGCACUGUGUCACCUACCCAUGAAGAAAAGAACCACAGUAACUCAGAGCCAGUUAGGAACCAAAUCAUCUCUCAGGAAAUUGACAAAACUGAAAACCAGGAUCAAAAAGAAAACCCUCAGAAAUAUUCAAGAACAAAGCCAGGAGAAGAACUGACACCAAAUAUGAAAGGCCAGAAAACCAUGAAGCAUAUAACCAGUGUUGACAAUUCAAAACCCAAAAAGGACAAGAAAACUGACACAGAGAGCUAUUUGUAUCGCUGUACAAUUUGUGGGGAUUUUUUUACUCAAAAUACGACCAUGGCACAACAUUUGAAAAGUCACACAGUUGAGAAUUGUUUUCCAUGUAUGACAUGUGGAAGAAUUUUUACAAAAAAAAAAUAUUUAAUAAUUCAUGUCAAAAUUCACACAGGUGAGAAGCCGUUCUCUUGCACGAUGUGUGGCAGAAGUUUUUCUCGAAGACACCAUUUGACUUAUCAUACGAGGAUUCACUCAGAUGAAAAGCCUUUUUCCUGUAAUACCUGUGAAAAAUCUUUUAGAGCAAAAGGUGUUUUGAAGAAACACAUGCGCGUUCACACGGGUGAGAAGUCGUUCUCUUGCACAAUUUGUGGCAGAAGUUUUUCUCGAAGACACCAUUUGACUUAUCACACGAGGAUCCACUCAGAUGAAAGGCCUUUUUCCUGUAAUACCUGUGAAAAAACAUUUAGAACAAAAGGUGUAUUGAAGGAACACAUGAGCGUUCACACAGGUGAGAAGCCGUUCUCUUGCACGAUGUGUGGCAGAAGUUUUUCUCGAAAAAAUAGUUUGACUUAUCACAUGAGGAUCCACUCAGAUGAAAAGCCUUUUUCCUGUAAUACCUGUGAAAAAACAUUUAGAACAAAAGGUGUAUUGAAGGAACACAUGAGCGUUCACACAGGUGAGAAGCCGUUCUCUUGCACGAUGUGUGGCAGAAGUUUUUCUCGAAGAGAUCAUUUGACUUAUCACAUGAGGAUUCACUCAGAUGAAAAGCCUUUUUCCUGUAAUAUCUGUGAAAAAACAUUUAGAACAAAAGGUGUAUUGAAGGAACACAUGAGCGUUCACACAGGUGAGAAGCCGUUCUCUUGCACGAUGUGUGGCAGAAGUUUUUCUCGAAGAGAUCAUUUGACUUAUCACAUGAGGAUUCACUCAGAUGAAAAGCCUUUUUCCUGUAAUACUUGUGAAAAAUCUUUCAGAGCAAAAGGUGUAUUGAAGAAACACAUGAGUACACACAGGUGAAAAGCCAUUUUUUAUGUAAGACCUGAGGAAAAAGUAUAAUCAAAGAUGCUAAUUAAUGCGUCACAUAAAAGUUCACACAGGUGAAAAGCCUUUUCUCAUUAGAGAGAAAAGUGAACAUUUCUUGCUAAUGGA